AUUUCGUGGAGCGUAAUACUGUUACUACGCUGCUUUUUUCAGAUGAAAUGUCUCAAGAUGUUGUAGAAAACUUAAAAACAAUAGUUGUCAAGCCUAUAGUUUACGGAAACGUUUCACGUUAUUUGGGCAAAAAGCGUGAAGAAGAUGGACGAACUCAUCAAUGGACUGCAUUCCUUCGACCUUACAAUACCAACGAAGACCUAUCCACAUUUGUAAAAAAAGUUCAAUUUAAAUUGCAUGAAAGUUAUUCAAAUCCUAUACGAAUUAUAAGCAAACCCCCUUUCGAACUAACAGAAACAGGAUGGGGAGAAUUUGAUAUAACAAUGAAAGUCAUAUUUACAGAUUCAAAUGAAAAACCUUUGGUAAUAACUCAUCUUAUCAAAUUGUUUCACUGUGACCAUGAAAUAAUGAUGGGCCAUAAAAGCUUGGUUCGAGAGAUCUACGAUGAAAUGGUGUUUGUUGAUCCUUCUCCAUCCUUUUACCGUUCGCUAAUGAGCAGAUCUCAAAUUCAUUCAAGCGUACCAGCAAUCGCACACGAAACUGAUUUUAAAGAAACGAAACGCCAAGCUCUUUAUUCUAUUCAAGAGUUGAAUAGGAAGGUUACUGAAGCAAUAGAAGUGUAUAAGAAGCAAUUAAUAUCAAGGAAGGGAAUUAUCGAAGAAGUGAAAUCAGUUGUGAAUGAAGUAGAUGCUGCGACUGUUGGCACGAUUCUUCAGUAGUUAUGUAAAUAAAUAGUUUAAACACCUUAGCUAAUGAAGCUCACCGUCUAAUUGAUGUAUAUACAUGUAUAUAAAUAUAAUCAUUGAUAAAUAGUGGUUUUUCAAGCAUAACGCCCUACUUGAAAUAAAUAUCUUCUUGACAAGUCAAUCUUAUUUUAUAUUAUUUCAUUUCAAACAAAAACCUUGCACAGCAAGGGCACCAGGUGCUGCCCUAUAC